AUGGAUAGUCAUGAAUAUAGUGAGCUGGAGAGGGCGUUAGGUGACAAAAGCAUGGGUCCAGUUGUCAUUCCUUACUCGGUUUUCAAGGCCAUCACAAACAAUUUCUCUGCUGAUCAACUAAUCGGCAGUGGUGGGUUUGGAGUGGUUUACAAGGGUACGCUUCGAAAUGGUAUGAUGGUUGCUGUGAACAAACUUCGUAAUGAACAGUUGGAGGUUCUCUCACAAAAUUUCGACAGUGAGGUCGAUUGUCUCAAAAAGGUCAAGCACAAAAAUAUAGUACGGUUUCUAGGGCACUGCUCUAACACGCAAAUGGUGCCGAUGCUAUAUGAAGGAAAAGAAGUCUUGGGAGUAGAACGAGAAAAGUUAUUAUGCUUUGAGUACCUAAGUAAAGGGACCCUCGACAAGUACUCCCUCCGGGAUAUUUGGCACCGGAAUUCAUAA